GUUAUUUUCCACCGCCCGUAGCUUUCUUUCCUGAAUUCCCAAAUCCCUUUCAAACCCUAAACCCUUCGAAACCCAAAAUUUCCUCGCCGCAAUUGGCGAAAAUGGCUUCCAUCUCCUCAAAGUUCCCGGCCAAAUCCCUAACCAAGUUGUUGACUUUCAGUCCGAAGAGCGGCAUCUCUCUCUCCCUAUCAGCCGCCCACUGCCGCAGCGCCUUCAGAGACCCGAACCCAGAAGCUGGAACGCAUCGCCGACGAUCUACUCGACCUCACGAAGCUCGAGCGCCACGACUACGCUGUCCAGCGAAGGCGAUAAAAGGGAAGAGGAGAUUGCCGAUGAAACUGAAGAGUCCGUUACCGGAAUCACCCUUGGGGACGGAAAUAUCGACGCCGUUCAUCGCUAAGAUGUCGAUUAGGUCAGGAUCGGCUGGGACGGUGACGGCGGCCCGCCGGCCGUCGACUGCGGUCAGCUGGAGGGUGGACCCGUCUUUGCUGAACCGAACCCGCUCCACUUUCCUCUUCUUCACCGCGUUCAGAAACUCGCUGUAUCGCCAUUGGGUUCCCUCGGGAAGGUCGGAGGCGACGGGUUGGCCGGCCGGGAGAGGUCGUCGACCUGAGGGGAGAGGAAUGGCUACGGGCGGUGGAAAAUAACAAUUAAAAGGAAUUAGGUUUUAUUUUUAUUUUUAUAAUAAUUAGGUGGAAAAUAAAAAAUAAUUAAAUUAUUUUAUUUUAUUAAUUUUUUAAUCGCCACGUCACUCAUUUAACGGUUAACUAUAAGAGUUGACCGCCACAUCAGCAAAAGUUAACGGAGACUAACGGCCAGUGACCAAACUUGAACUGUUAACCUAAUUUAAGUGACUAUAAGUGGAAUAAAUUAAUUUGAGUGGC